GUACAACAUUGACAAGCCUUCUCAUCCAAGAGGCGCAUCGCUGUAGAUAUUGUGAGAGGUGUGCGCUUUUUCCCGGAGACCAAAAAGAGACAAUUACCUUGUUUAAGAAGCUUUCUUUCAAUACGACUAGACAAAGAAUAGAGUUUGACCGUUUGACCUUUGAGAUGAAUAAGGUGUUGACCGCUGUCGCUCUGUUUACGCUCGCUCCGGGUUUGUUCGCUGCUCCAUUGGUGCCUGGUCAACCAGAUGCUUCUGAAGACCCAAGUGAUGGAGACAAUAAGAAACCUCCAGAUCCCUGGAAAACCGCCACAGACAAAGAAGAAAUGACAGCACUAGCGACACAGAUGCUUGAUAAACUUCUGAAGACCGGAUCCAUGACGACAUUUCCAGAUGGAGAUGGAAAGAGAGAUUUCCACUUAGAAAUAAUGAAAGCGACAAGCAGCCCACAUGUCAGAGACACAGGUGUCAAUAACCCAUUAAAGACAUUCUCAAGCCGACAACAGGAGAAUCCUCCAGCAUCUGCCACACAUGAUGGAUCUUUCACAAGCGGCUCUUCAGAUUCUCCGCCGCAGACAGAAGACGACGGUUUGUUCAGGUCGUCUGCAGUGAUGAAUUCAAAUGAGCGAGACGAGGAUUCAACAGCAGCCGAGGGAGGACGUGGUACUCAAGGGGAGCUGGUGAAGAUGUUGAGUGCGCUUGAAGAGUUCAUGAACAGCGCGCUGAGCCAUCGGAUAACCAUCAUGCCUAGAGGCAAUGGCAAUGGUCGCAAUGCUGGGAAGAAGAAUAAAGUGGUAGUGACAGAUGGAAAUCUUAAAGCGACCACAGCAACAACCAUAGUCAGUGGUGCGACUUCAGCGAAAGCCAGCAUGGACCACACGGAUCCCAAACUUAAUGGGAAAGGCUUUAAAAAGAUCCUUUCAUCAGCUUCAAAGAAACCCAACAAGAGAGUGUGUUUCUGGAAAUAUUGCUCUCAGAACUAAACGGAUGACCACAGCUACUUCGCUAUAGCUUAGUUUAGAUGAGAAGCCCACCCGCCCGCCCGCCAUCCUCUGAAACUACUAGCUACCAAGCCUGUUCUCAAACGUAUGCUUAAGCUCUACACAAUG